AAUGAAUGGGUGAUACGUCGGGUUAUGAUUGGUUUGUCCACCGAAUGGAUGCUGACUUGGACAUUGAACACAGCUCAGAUUUGAUCCCUAAUCCAACAUUCAUCAAGCUUCAACCCCCUCGCUUCUCUAUUCCCCUCUUCUUCUUCUUCUCCAAUUUUCCCUCCAUUAGUUUUCUUUCAUAUCUCAUCAAAAAAAAUGUUUCAAGCAAGUGUUGUGAAAUGGAUUCUGCUAUAUCUUGUAAUCUCUCCCACCAUUUUUAUCAUCUGUUUACCAGACCUCCACUCCAACAAUCUUUUGGCAGCUAAAAGGAAGCGCAUGAGCGAUAGAGUUCGCAAGAUGUUUUACCAUGCUUAUGAUAACUACAUGAUGUAUGCUUUUCCGCAUGAUGAGUUGAAACCUCUGACCAAAACCUUCACAGAUUCUCUAAGUGAACUUGGAAAUUUGAAGCUCGAACAUCUGCCACAGCAGUACAAUGGGUCAGCUCUUACGCUGAUUGAAUCGUUGUCCAGCCUCGUAAUCUUGGGUAACUACACUGAGUUUGAGAAGGGUAUUAUUUGGCUAUCUGAAAAUCUAUCAUUUGAUGUUGAUGCAAGGGUAAAUCUAUUUGAGUGCAACAUAAGAGUUCUUGGAGGACUUGUUUCGGCUCAUAUUCUUGCCACUGAUUCUACAAACAGGUUGGUUCAAGGAAUUUAUAAGAAUCAACUCCUUGACCUGGCUGAGGAUUUGGGGCGACGCAUUCUGCCAGCUUUCAAUACCCCAACCGGAUUACCUUAUGCUUGGAUCAACUUAAAGCAUGGUGUAAUUGCGGACGAGACAACAGAAACGAGCACAUCUGGAUGCGGUUCUCUAAUCCUUGAAAUGGGUUCAUUAUCUCGCUUAACUGGUGAUACAAGAUUUGAGACGGCAGCUUUGCGUGCUCUUCGUAAGUUAUGGAGCAUGCGGAGUUCUCUAAAUCUUCUAGGAACUACGUUAGAUGUAGCAACUGGAGACUGGAUUGAAUUUUCUUCUGGAAUUGGAGCUGGUGUGGAUUCUUUCUAUGAAUAUCUAAUGAAAGCUUACGUUCUUUUUGGAAGAGAUGAAAUUUGGAAGAUGUUUCAAUCUGCUUACAUAGGUGUGCAGAAAUAUUUUAGACACGGCCCAUGGUAUCAUGAAGCUGACAUGAGAACAGGAGUAGCAACGUACUGGCAGCUCACAAGUCUUCAAGCAUUCUGGCCUGGUCUUCAGGUUCUAGUUGGCGAUAUCGAGGCAGCUAAUUCAUCACAUCGUGAGUUUUUCAAGGUGUGGAAAAAAUAUGGAGUUCUUCCAGAGAGGUAUCUUUUGGACCAUCAGAUGUUGCAUCCUACUGAAAAAUACUAUCCUUUACGCCCUGAAUUGGCAGAGUCCACAUUUUACCUGUACCAAGCAACCAAAGAUCCAUGGUAUAUGGAAGUGGGUGAAUCAAUAAUGAAUUCUCUGAAUGCACAUACAAGAGUUAAAGGUGGCUUUGCCAGCAUUAGGGAUGUGACUACAAUGCAAUUAGAAGACCAUCAGCAUAGUUUCUUCCUUGCAGAAACGUGCAAGUAUUUGUAUCUACUUUUUGAUGACUCGUUUCUACUUAAUCAAAAUUACAUAUUUACAACCGAGGGUCAUCCCUUGCCGGUUAGUGGCAAUUGGCAUGAGAAGCUUCCCGAGGCUUAUAAUCUAAGUAACGGAAGUUCUAUCAAGAAUGGAAAGCAGAGAAAACGAACCAGUGCCAUGUCACUUCAAGUUUGUCCGGCUUCUAUGAUUCACCAUGAACCGAAUGCAAGGCGACUUGAAAGUGCUUGCCACAUCCCUGAUACUGGUGAUGAUCAUAGAUGUUUCAGUGAAGAUGAUUGUGGUGUUGAUGCCAACACCUGUAGACGGAGAUCAUGCAGUAUGGCUGGAUAUUGUGGUCUCUGGUCAUUGAUAUAGAAAGAUGUAUAUCCUCAAAAUCUUUGCAACAGACGAGAUACACAGGUUUAGGUAAAUUGUUCAUUUUUGUAUACUACAUCUUAGAGUCAAAAAGUUAUUUUAAGAGCAGAUAUGGGUCAAGAUGGAAAUGUAAGUUGUAACAUACUCUUAAAAAGCUUUUGUCACAUGAAUUUGGUUCAUAUGCUUAAAAGCAUUACGAGCAUGCCAUAGUGAAGUUAAUAAAGCAUUUUGGUGCCGCAAGAAUCAUGUUAUCGACCUUGUAAUGUCUUAUAGUAGCAGUUGCAUCAUGGUGAAAAGAAGAGAAAGAAAGUGGAAGUGGUUUCUUCACCCAGUGGGAAAUUUUUUCC